AUGUUCCUCUUAAAUUUAUACAUCAGUGAUCAGUUGUUGAACAUUGAGACAUGGGUUCCACUGAAGAAUGAUGUUGUUGCAACGGAACUAGUGCAAGCUGGUGUCUAUGAUCUCGGAUCAUUGAAAGCUGUUGGAAUGUAUUCUCUCUAUAUUCCGAACUGGCUAAUUCUGCCGAACUACGAUAAUUCGUUCACGUUCACCUGGUCUAGUUACAAUUGUUUAGACUUCCUCAAGAACAAAGAACUUACAGCCCACUUGAAUACUACGAGUUACUACAAAGAGUUAAUAACUAUGGUAGACCGAUAUAAGUUGCCGAUGUUUGGGUGCGAAAAACAAAGAAACAAUUACGACGGGGUUUGUGUGGGUGGGGUUUAUUAUAGCAGAAACUGUUACUCAAAUCCGUAUUCAUGCACUGUGGUUUUGUCGUCAUAUUACGAUGUAAAUGGAAAAUGCCUGUUGAAGCAGAUGAAUCAACUGCAACUUGACGUCAUAAUUUUCUGGCUAGGGAGCAAAUUAGAACCCUUUGUCUUGGAAAAGUACGACGAACGCCAGACAGUUAUCUAUCAUGGAUGGAACCUGGAUUACUUAUCCUCUACCAGGAAGUUUUAUCCCAUUUCCGUUAAUCCGGAUAAUUGUCCGUUGGCCACUGCUAAUACAAUAUUCCCCGGAUAUUUAUUAUUUCCUGUCGGCCAUGACUUUCACGAAUGA